AAAUAAUGCAAAAUAAAAAUAAAAAUAAAAAUAAAAGCGAAAAUCAUCAUCUAUUCAAGCACAAUCUGAGCCUCAACGCUAAGAUGCGCUGGGCUCUCGCUGUCACCUCCACUCCCACAACCACCGCCAUUGCCGCCACCGCUACCUCCUUCUCUUCUUCUUCUUCUUCUUCUUCUUCGAUUUAGGUUGUGCUUUGCCGCUCCGUUUCUUAUCUGCGGGCGCUACUUGUCGAAUCAUAUUGUUCUAUUUCUGGAAUGGCGGGUUUCAGGAAUCUGGGAGCUGGAUUUGCUCUGUUGACCAUAAUCGGGAGGCUAACUUUCGCUCAGGACCUCAUGCCCUCGCCUGCCGCUGUCUGUCCCUUGCGGAAUUCGGUCGAACACUCGAUCUUGGGCCUCCGAGAUUUCACAUGUCCAGUGGAUGAGAUCAAACCUUCAUAUGCCGCAGCUGUAAUUGAGGGAGAUGAGAUGUCAUUGCAGAGGGCACUUUAUAUGAUUCACCGAAGAUCACAUAACUAUGUUGUUUUCCUCUUCUAUGCCUCAUGGUGUCCAUUCUCCAUAACUUUUAGACCAAUCUUUUCUGUGCUGUCUUCCCUGUUCCCCUCAAUUCCCCACUUUGCAAUUGAAGAGUCAGCUAUUAAGCCAAGUACUCUCUCAAAGUAUGGAGUUCAUGGGCUCCCUACUUUGUUCAUUCUGAAUUCUACAAUGCGUGUUCAAUAUCAUGGCCCCAGGACCCUUGAUUCUCUAAUCACUUUCUAUAAUGGAGUUACUGGUGUUAAGACAUCAACAGAGGAUGGCAUAUCUCUAGACAAGAUUGGAUGUUCUACAAGCCACGAUGGGUAUAGUGGCAGUGAACAGGAAAGUUGCCCAUUCUCCUGGGCGAGGUCUCCUGAGAACUUACUUCGGCAGGAGACAUACUUGAUGUUGGCAACUGUAUUUGUUCUUAUGAGAUUGCUCUAUGCUCUUUUCCCAUAUAUUCGUAGGUUUGCUCAAUUUGCUUAUAGGAGCUACAAUAUGAGGAUAAGUAGCUUGUGGGAGCAUCCUCUGCUCUACAUGCAUCGGGGAUUACAAUUAUUUAAUUCUCUGAAGGAACCAUGCAAGAGAAGCAAUUUGCAGGAAGGAGCUAUGAAUGCCAAGGUAUGGGCUUCCAAGUCUUUAGCUUCUGUUUCAUUCGGUGAGGCAAGCUCAAGUCGGGUGGGACCAGUAAGUUCAACUCAUUGAUUAAUUUGGGGGUUAAAUUUAAACUACAUAUUUCUUUUAGAAAUAUUCAGCUACCUCCCUUUGGGUUUGUUUCAUUGUGAGGGGAACAACGAAAAUUUAAUAUUUGGCUGUUGAAGCAACAUAAUUGACUCUUUUGUUGUAGAUUAGUUAUGCUUUCCAUUUUUUGCUCACUAUUGAAAGAAUAGUGUUAACCUAUUGUAUAUAACAUUUAGCUAAUAAGCUAAAUUUUUGAAUUUA